AUGAAGAUGAGCUCAAAGGCCCUACUGAAGGAUGGUGCCGAUGGUAGAAAGCGUUGGGCAUAUGGAGGUGAUUUUGGGGAUACUCCUAAUGAUUUGAAUUUCUGUUUGAAUGGUCUUACGUGUCCAGAUCGAACUCCUCAUCCUGCACUACAUGAGGUUAAAUAUGUUUAUCAACCAAUCAAGGUUUCAUUCAAGGAAGGGAUAAUAAAGAUAACCAACACAAAUUUCUAUGAAACGACGCAAGCAUUAGAGUUUAGCUGGUCCAUUCAUGGUGAUGGAUGUGAACUUGGCUCUGGAGUCCUUUCUCUUCCAUUGAUAGAACCCCAGAGCAAUUAUGAAAUAAAGUGGGAGUCUGGACCUUGGUAUUCUCUAUGGGCAUCAUCUUUUACGGCAGAAAAUUUCUUGACAAUAACUGUAAAGCUUUUAAACUCCACACGGUGGGUUGAAUCUGGUCAUGUCAUUUCAUCUGCUCAAAUUCAGUUGCCUGCGAAAAGAGAAUUUGCUCCUCAUGUCAUCAAAACCAAAGAUGUCAAUUUGCAUGUUGAAAGUUUUGGAGAUACAAUAACAGCUAGCCAGCGGAAUGUUUGGGAGAUAAAAAUAAACACUCAAACAGGAGCAUUGGAAAGCUGGAAGGUUAAAGGGGUUCCAGUGAUGCAUAAAGGCAUCUUUCCAUGCUUCUGGCGGGCACCAACAGAUAAUGACAAAGGUGGAGGUGCAAGUAGUUAUUUCUCCAAGUGGAAAGCUGCCCAUCUUGAUAACAUGCUCUUCAUGAUUGAAAGUUGUUCUAUUGAGAACAUGACUGAUCAUCAUGUGAAAAUAACAAUUGUCUAUCUCUGUGUCCCAAAUGCUGAGGAUAAGUCUUGCUCUGAAUUGAAUAAGUCAAACGUUCUCUUCAAAGUUGAUAUGACUUACUCAAUCUAUGGUUCUGGAGAUGUCAUUGUGGAAUGUAACGUGACGCCGAGUUCUCAGCUUCCCCCUUUGCCGCGCGUUGGGGUUGAAUUCCAUUUGAACAAAUCAAUGGACCAGAUCAAAUGGUAUGGGAGAGGGCCCUUUGAAUGUUAUCCAGAUCGGAAAGAAGCAGCUUUUGUGGAUGUAUAUGAGCAGAAUGUGAGUGACAUGCAUGUUCCCUAUAUUGUUCCUGGAGAAUGUUCAGGUAGGGCAGAUGUUAGGUGGGUGACAUUUGAAAACAAGGAAGGCAUAGGAAUCUAUGCUUCAAUUUAUGGCGCAUCUCCACCUAUGCAAAUGAAUGCAAGUUACUACACCACACAAGAGCUUUACCGUGCAACACACAAUCAAGAACUUAUCAAAGGAGAUGACAUUGAGGUGCAUCUUGACCACAAGCACAUGGGUUUGGGUGGAGACGAUAGUUGGUCUCCAUCCGUCCAUGACAAGUAUCUGGUUCCUGCUUUGCCCUACUCCUUUUCUCUCAGGUUUUCUCCUAUCGCUGCUGCUGCUGCUGCUGCUGCUGCUGCUGGUCAUGACAUUUAUAAAUCUCAGCUUUGAAAGGGAUGGAUGGAUGGAUGGAUGGAUGGAUGACUCAUGUCAUGAUAUAUAUAUGAACCAACAACAUAUUUUCAUCUGUUCAUUUGGUUUCGUAUGUUUCAAUGGACUGACACUGCUAUUAUCAAAAUGCUUUAUUAGAGCAUAAAAAAUAGUGACUCUCAUCGUAUCAGUACAAUGCACUGUAGAAUAAAUAAAAGGACCGCACUUUGAAAUAUCGUUCCUUCCUUGAA